AAUUUAUCCCCACGUGUAAUGAAGAUGCAAUUUACAAAUAUGAGAAUGUUUCAAAAUUACUCUAAAAUUUUCAGUAUAUUUACUAAAUCAGAUCCUCUAAAACAACAUUGUUUAAGACGCUAUUCUACGAUUCUAGAAAAUACAAUAAAUGUUGAUAAAGAAUGUAAGACGAAAGAUAUCUCAAUUUUCAAGAAGUGGGCUCCUGAGGACUCAUUGCAGUACUUUCGUCAGACAAGAAAAUGGUUUCCUAAAGCUAGUUUUUCUAAUGACUCAGCUCGGCCAUUUAGGGUAAUGACUUAUAAUGUCCUCGCAGAAUGAUAUAAAGAGGAGCAAGAUUAUGGAGACACUAGUGAUGAGAUCCUCUCCUGGGAAUUUAGACACAAAUUAAUUAUUAAAGAACUAGAUCAGCAGAGAUACCUUGAAGAUGUGAAAAUUGAUCAUAAUGAUCCGUCAGACACUUCUCCAGAUAUAAUCUGUUUUCAAGAACUUUAUGAUGAGAAAUUAACAAAUUAUCUUACUAAUGACGCUUCUAAAUAAAUAUGAAUAUAUAAGCAGAAAGAAAGGAGCUGAUAAGUUGGAUUCCAUUGCUAUUUUCUGGGAUACAGAUCUUUUCGAGCACAUAGAUAACUGGGCUAUUUAUUUCAACUCAGGAAAGGAAUGCAAAAUUUACAAUAAAGCUCAGGUAGCUCAAUUUGUUGCUCUAAAGCCUAAAAAUCCUUCAUAUUUCACUGUCACCACCACACCAUCCCCCAAGUCCCAAAUCCUUCUCAUCGCAAACACACACCUAAUUUUCAACAAUUCCCGAGGCGAUAUCAAACUUUCCCAAAUAGACUUGGUCCUAAAAUCCCUUUCAUACCUAAAAUCCCACCUACAAGCCCUCCACGAAGACUGCUGCAUAAACUUUCUGCUCUGCGGUGACUUGAACUGUAUCCCAAACAGUGGCAUUUACACUUACAUUAGCACAGGAUCUUACGACUGCUUAACGAUGAAGAAGAACGAAAUGAGUGGGCAAAAGUUCGCGUUCAAGAGGAAAACGUAUAAACAUAAGUACACACAAAAAGAUUGAGAAUUAGAAGAACAGAUUGAAGAAAAACAUCAGAAAUUUAUUAGGGGUGUGAGGAAGUUGAGGAAGAUUAAGGAGAAUGUAGGUAAUAAGACACCUUAUUGGGUCAGGAAGAUCCAGUCAGCGAAGAUUGAGGGUAUUGGGAAAGAGGGGAUAUUGGAGUUCUCAGUUGAGGAAGAUACCCCAGAGCUUAUGGAGAAAUGAGAUGAGUUAGAUAUUGCUCUCAAGAAGUUUCAUGAAGCUGCGAUUACGGACAAAAAUGAUAAGAAAAAGCGCAGCAAGAUGAGUAAAGAUGAUAUGAACUUGCUCAUGCAGGAGAUGCCUGAUUUGAUACUUAGGAGCCCUGUAGGGCCCUUAAUAAGCUCUUAUGCAAAAGUAAUGCAAGAUUUCUUAGAUUUAAUUACUGGAUUUGUUGAUGGGGCUGAUUCUAAUACCAAACUAGAACAGAUUCUAGGAGGAACUGAAAAUGUGCAUGCUUUAUUAAAGUCAGAACUAUUCAGAUCGAGGAUUUUUAACGGAGGAAUGGUUCCUCCAAUGAUAAGCGAUGAAUCUAAUCUCUUAGGGAUAGACACUAAAGAGUUUGUUAAUUAUUGGAAGAAUCUAACCAAAGAGCAAUCAUAUUCCUAUUUCACAGAAAUGCAUGGAAUGCUAGACUAUAUUUGGUACUCAGGAGAAGGUAUCGAAGCUGUAAGAACUCUAAAUGUUCCAAAUUUCUAUAAGGAGCUUCCAUUUGAAAUGUCACCGAACGAAGUGACUCCUUCCGACCAUUUCCCAAUGAUGGCAGAAUUUAUUCUCAAAUAAUUAGUGGUCAAUAUAUUUUGAAAUAAA